CAUGGCGUUUGGACACAGACGCCGGAGUUCUUUACCCAUUUCUCUUUUCUCCUUACCCUGAUUCUAGUCAAACGCCAUCUCCAGCGUUCACGGAUAAUCCAAACGUCAGAUAUAAUGGCGUGAACGCCAACGUUUUAACUUCGCGUCGAGGGAAUGAGAAAUACCCUACACAACAAACAACGGGCUUCUCUGAGAACUAGAGCUUGGGAAAGUAGCGAGAGGCGGCGAUUGGCGUGUUUGGUCGGCUGUUGAAGUCGGAAAGAAAUUGUUCUGGAAAGAGAGGAGAGGGUUAGAAAAGGAGGCGCAGUCUCCGCAGAUGCUGUCGGUGUCAUGGCAAUAACCGAGGCAUGGGAGUAACGUGACCAGGGCAAGGACUGUUGCUUCCCAACCAACCUACAAGCAGUAUGGCCCUCCUGCCAGACUGAAAACGUCAGGAGAGGCCAGACUGGACAGCUUGAGAGAGAGAGAGAGAGAGAGAGAGAGAGUGAGAGAAAGACAGUGAGUGACAAUAUUUAAAACGAGAGAAAAAGAAAAGGAAAUAACAAUGGAUGAGUCUGCACUGCUGGACCUGUUGGAGUGCCCUGUGUGCCUGGAACGUCUGGAUGCCUCGGCCAAGGUGCUGCCGUGCCAACACACCUUUUGCCGGCGCUGCCUGCUUGGAAUCAUGGGCUCGCGGGGGGAGCUACGCUGCCCAGAGUGCCGCACGCUGGUGGAGAGCGGCGUGGACGAGCUGCCCAGCAACAUCCUGCUGGUGCGCCUACUGGACGGCAUCAAGCAGAGGCCUCGGCGGCCGGGCCCGGGGACAGGUGCCGGAGGAGGAGCAGGAGGAGUGGCCACAGCGGGAGGUUGUGCGGCCAACGGCACCGCGGCGGCACUGGUCAGGGCGCAGGCGACAGCGGCGGCCCAGAGAGAGCCAGGAGCACCAGGAGUGCAGCCCCAACGGGUGCAGGCCAAGAGCACCCUUGUCAGGGGUAUUCCCCAGCUCCCUUGUGCCAAAGCCCUCUACAACUAUGAUGGCAAAGAGCCCGGCGACCUCAAGUUCACCAAGGGUGACAUCAUCAUCCUGCGCCGGCAGGUGGAUGAGAACUGGUACCAUGGCGAGAUGGGCGGCGUGCACGGCUUCUUCCCCACCAACUUUGUGCAGGUCGUCAAGCCCCUGCCCCAGCCGCCGCCCCAGUGCAAAGCGCUCUAUGACUUUGAGCUGAAGGACAAGGAGGCCGACAAAGACUGCCUGCCCUUCUCAAAGGAUGAUGUUUUGACUGUGAUUCGUCGUGUGGAUGAGAACUGGGCUGAGGGCAUGCUGGGAGAUAAGAUUGGGAUCUUCCCCAUCUCUUACGUGGAGGUGAGCCUAACGAGACCACUUGUUGUGGGAUGUAAGCGUUUCUCUCGGUUCUGUGUUCUUGGGCAGGUACACAUCUGCACCACUGGCCUCAUCGUCACCCCGCCCCCCAGCAGUCCGGUCACCACGGCCACCGUCUUCACGUUCCCCCCGGAGACCACCUAUGCGUCCAUCCCAGUGGAUGCACUGCCGCCGCCUCCACCUCCUCCCCCCCAGUCCUCAGCUGCUGGCGCCACGUCCUCAUUGGCUGCUGGACAGAGACCCUCCCCCAACGCCAAUGACCAGAGCAGCAGACAGCGGCCUACUGUGUAUGUGGCGAUGUUCCCGUACUCCCCACGUAAAGAGGACGAGCUGGAGCUGAGGAAGGGCGAGAUGUUCCUGGUGCUGGAGCGCUGCCAGGACGGCUGGUUCAAGGGCACCUCCAUGCACACGGGCAAGAUGGGCGUCUUCCCUGGCAACUACAUGAGUCCUGUCAGCAGGACUGUUUCAGGAGGCAGUCAACCCAAAGUGCCCCUGAGUCUGUGCACCCAGGCAGGGAGAGGGGUCACCAUCGUCAGCCCUUCAACUGCCCCCUUGGGUGGCGCGCUGGGGGGUGUGGAGCACCCCAAGGUCCUCACCACCUGCCCCGGGCCUGUCCCACCCAGCCCGCUCCCCCCCACUGCUGCCGUGGUAACUGCAGCCCACAUGUCCUCAGGACAGGCCAAAGUCCUGAUGCACGUCACGUCCCAGAUGACCGUCAAUCAGGCGCGCAAUGCAGUAAGGACUGCUGCUUGCCACAGCCAGGACCGGCCCACGGCGGCGGUGACGCCCAUCCAGUCCCAGCAGGCCGUGGCCUUCCUGCCCCACCUGGCCGUGUGCCCGCAGCCAUUGGGCGUGGCGGCCUCCGCGGGCGCCUCCCCCUCUUGUGCUCGUGCCGGCGUGUCCCUGGGCUGCGCCGCCGCCUCCCUCACCCCUCCCAACGUCAGCGCCGCGUCCCUGGAGGUGGACGGCCUGCGGCCCGUGGCCGUGCUGGCCGUGCCCAUCGCCCCCGGCAGCGCUGUGCCCCUCGGUGCCGCCAUGACCUCGGCGUCCGCCACUGGGAACCAGGCCCUCCCCUGCCGCAUGGACAAAGAUGGAAAGAGAGAGAAGAAGGGUCUCCUUAAGCUGCUAUCCAAUAAGAAGAAGCUCCGCCCCUCUCCCCCAUCCUCCCCUACGCUGGAAGCAGAGCAAGCCGUCGCCAUGGACAUGCCCCUGGGAGCCGCCGGACCUGACAUGGCCGCCUGCCCAGCUGGGGCCAAUGGCGGUCGCUGUGGGUCCACCUCGGCCGAAUCGGAACCCUCCCCGUCGGCCUCUGGCUCCUCGGAAUCCACCCACCGCAAGAGUGUCUCCCAGGAAGUCCCCGUGCCCAUCGCCCCUCCCCCACGCCAACCCUGUUCAUCACUGCAUGCGCUACACGACUCUCGACCAAUCAUCUGCGAGAGGUACCGGGUGGUGGUGUCUUACCCGCCCCAGAGUGAGGCAGAGUUGGAGUUGAAGGAGGGAGACAUCGUGUUUGUCCACCGCAAGCGUGAAGAUGGCUGGUUCAAGGGCACGCUUCAACGGAACGGCCGCACGGGACUCUUCCCUGGCAGCUUUGUGGACAUCAUCUGAUACCUCGGCGACAUGAUCAGCCCCAAAGUCUUGGCGUCUGGGAGUGGAAUUCACUCAAACUGAGAUGACUACGCAAGGCAUUCAUCUGGAUAUAUAUGCUAUGCCUUCUGCCGUAGUCUUAAUCCAGCCACCUUAAGCCACCUCGCAGAGGGGGAAAAAACUCUUGAACUGGGCCACUGAUGAAUUGCGGCCUUUUGUAAGGAGGCUGUGAACGGGCCUUAAUAGCACAGUGGAGAAACGGCAAUGGAUUCUUAAGGACAUAGACACGUACAGUAGCAAGCAGAGGAAAUUAGCAUUAGCACCGGCUAGCAUAAGCUGGUGAUGAGCACUAGAAUCAGUCACGUGGUAGGGCUAGACUUUCCUUUUUGCUUUAUUUAACGAUCAGUUAACAUUUCAAAGGUCUUUUUAAAUGUGUGCCUUGUACUGUCUCACUUUAUUGUAUAUAAGCAAACAAAGAUAAAUAUGAGUCACAGAACAAACAAAAAUUAUGAACUGUUCAUGUCUGGAAAUAUGAAUUUAACUUAUUUUUUAUUAUGUGGUUUGGUUGGGGUAGUGCAGAAAGUUGGCUGACUGGUAUGGAUGCAUGAGUUAUUUAAAAGCUCGCUUUAAUGUGGAAGUACCAUUAACAUGGACCUGUGAUUGGCUGCCUGCAGCUCUUAGCUCACUGAUUGGAUAAUUACUCGUCCAAUCUGUCUCUCUUUGCACAAUAAGUGGCUGAAAGGUCAUAGCAAGUCUCUCAGUGUCAUCAAUGCCAAUUAAUGUUUGGAUGUUUUGAUUGCCUUUGUGUUUCGAUGUUUUGAAGGACGUCAUAGGUAGUAGAGGGACUGCAUGAAAGAUACGGCAUGAUUCAAAAUGGCUGACGAGAUCGUCAAGAUGAGGAAAUACUAGAAACAAUCGACUGCUGUAUAUGUCCUGUUUAAGUGAUUUGGAUGUGAGAGGUUCUUGUGCGUUUGUUUGUGGAAAAGACUGAGAAAUACACUCCACAGGUCUUCAAAAUCACUAGUAUCCUGUGAUUCUUUUUUUUUUUUUCCUUUUGAAAAUCGUAGCUGCUCCCUGUUUUUGAUGAACCUUAUCUGAAAUGGCUCUUCAGUCCAGGCAACAGAGCAGAGCGACUGACACAAUCACACACCGUAAUCACAGAGAGUGAGUCUGUCACCCACUUUUCUGUGUAUAUUUAUAUUUCACCGUUAUGAGUGUGUGUGUGUGAGCGCGUGUUUGAGAUGGGAUCGUCUGUGUGGCAACCCUCAGAACAAACAGUAACAAGUCAUCUUGCCAGUGAUUGCGACACAGUUGGUCUAACCUCAAACAUGUCCUGAACGGGCUGGAAGCAGGAAAAAAAGUACUCCAACAGCCAGCGCCCUGGAAACCACCAGUGAGCGUCCCUCAGCCAGAGGCCCCACCACUGUCCCACACAGAUCAGCCGCAAGGCGCUCUGCCCGUCACAGUGGCUCUACACCAUCAUGUGUCCAUUACUGCAUUUCAGUAUCAAGUGUUUCUAUCAGCUUCCUCCUCCUCCUUAGGGUCAGUCUGGUGGAUGUUUGUGCUGUGUGUGUGUGUGUGUGUGUGUGUGUGUGUGUGUGUGUGUGUGUGUGUUUGUGUGUAAUGAAGUGUCCCGUAGACUUGAAUAUGAUGUAUGUGUUUUGUUCUAUAAAUGGCUUUGGGUACUUUGGUUUCACUCCGGUUUCAUUGACCAUUUCAUUUUUUUUGUCUUUGUGAAGCACAAGUUGUAUGUGAUUGAUUUUAAUGGAAUUGAAAAGCCCCUGGGUCCCUACUGUUUUAUCGUUUCAUUCCAUAUAAAAAAAAUGAUCGUCUCAUCCACUGCCUCCACCUCUUCCUCUCACCCCCCACCCCCCGGAGCGUAUUGCAGUCAAUGGCAUUUCAAUUUCUCCCUUCGCCAGCCGAAUUUCAAAUGGAACAGUUGAUUUGGAAAAAGUGCCCUGAUUGCACAUUGACACAAUGUUCCCAGCUCUCACCUUCAGUUAUCAAAUGCGGUAUUACAGGCCAGGUGGAUUACUGCUGCCAUCAAACCUAGUCAUGCAGGACUGAUACCCUAAAAUGAGACCCCACUCCACCUCCCUCCCCAGUCAUCAUGCCUCCUCCGGUGAGCCUGCUUAUCAGAGAGGACACUCACUGGGCCUCAAAUGCCACUUAGCCUAUGGAAUCUACGCAUUCCAUCAGCACCUCUGAUGGGCAGGCAAUUUGGGAAAUGCACCACUUCAUCACCUGAAUUCGAAACCGCACCGCUGCUCUUUAAGCCCCCCUUGAACAUUUCUGAGGCUCAUUUGACACCAGUGCCACAUAAUUGGCAACUGUAUUUAAGGUCCUUCAGAGGUGAUUCUUGAUAGUCGGUUCAAAUGCAGAGUGGCUAGAAUUCACAAGAGAUCUUAUUCUCACUGACUAGAAUGGCGCAAGUCUUUUGUCCUUUUUAAUAACGCCUUCGUACAUCGGGCUAUCAUUAAGGGGUCAGGUUAUAAAAAUGUCCACAGAAAUUGUGAUUAGUUAUAUGUGUGUUUGUGGGGGAGAGACUGAAAGAGAUUGAGAGUGCAAAAAAGUCUCGCUCUGUGAUGAAGGGGCUUUUGUGCGAUUGGCUGCUGGCUUAGUUAGGCUGUAGUUGUUGUUGUUGUUGUUGUUGUUGAUGUUGCGGAUGUGGCGAGAGGUGUUGAGCUGUAGAGCGUGGUACGAUACACUGUUUAGACGGACUGUUAACUCAAGUGCUGCCGUUGAGUUGACCCUCCUUGUUAUGUCAUCUUGGCACUCAUCCAGUUACCUGCAGUGUCUCAUUCAAAUACUUUUUUAAAUCUCUGCUUGUUAGGUUUUCCAUGGACUUACACAGGUUUACAUUCACCUUUUUCUUGACUUCCACAGUUUACACGCUCAUCUGUACAGUAUAUUUUAGUCAAAUGAAAUAAUAUGCCUUACACUGACAGAAGGUACCUGUGGGCUCAUACAGAAACACACACAUAUAUACUGUAUACACACACACACACACACACACACACACACACACACACACACACACACACACACACACACACACACACACACACACACACAAAGGGCAAAUCUACAAGGAGAUUGACAACUUCAGUACUAGUAGUGACUGAUUCUGAUUAUUUUAGCUGGAAGUCCAUCAGCAGGUCAACAUGUAACUAAAGGUGGUUUUUUGUUGUUUUUUUUUUUUUCAUGUGAAUUUCAUUUACUGUAAAUGCCAAGCCUUGUUGGCACACAAGGUAGCACUAAGUUGGCUUUAUCUGACCAGUUCUCUGUUUGCCAAGAUGACAUACUUGAUAUUUUUUAUUUUCUCAAUAAUGACUUAAUCAUCUAAAAAUAGGUGGUUUGUUUGUUUGUUAAUGGUGAUUACUGGCAUCCACUUGACAGUUUUUUUUUUUCUGUGUAAACAUUCUGUAACAUUGGAAGGAAAAGCACAUUUUGUAAUGAUUUCAACCUUAACAAAAAUAAAAAGCCAAUGGUUUUA